AUGGGCCGAAGAAGCUUCAAGUCUCACCCAGCUACCCGUCCUGGUCCUCGGGGUCCCAAUGAAUCCCUCACCCUUCCUGGCCCGCCGAAGGAUAUCAAAUUCAAGGACUUUGGAGAAUCUAGCGGUCCUUUCCUCAAGAGUGGCCCACUAAAGUUGCCACCACCCCAGGGACCGGCCAGACCCCUCCCAGCCCCUGAAGGACACUUGCCUGUUCUCCUCAAGCAAGGGCGCUUCGAAGGACUCCCCCCACAGGAUCCCUUCAGGCCUCCUAGCCGCCCCCGAGGGAAGAGGCCACAGGGAUCAAGAGGCCCUCCACCAGGGGCCAAGCCAGCACACCAUGCCCGUGCCCCUGGAAGGAACCCUAGGAUACAGUUCUCAGCGAGUCCUGAAGCUGUAGUGAAGAGUCCUGCAGGAGGGAUAAGGAACACCAGGGACUCCCCACAUCACCUCCACUCCCCUGGGGAUUUCCACGCACCGCAGUUCACCCAGCCAGCUCCGCCACGCCCCCAGGGAAAGAGGAAUCCUUUGGGUAACCCACACGGGAACGCGGUGCCUGGGAUAAGGAUACCGGAGUUCAGUCCCCCGCAUGGUGCCACAGGGGAGGGACACAACUUCAGUCCAUUCCCACAGGGGCGUGACACUCCUCGCCGCCCCCCACGCAGGGGCCCAACCUUCUCCCACACACCCAAACCAGAGCCCCAGCCCUUUCCGUCCCACCUGCAGAAGGGGCUAGAUGCAAGUGAAGCAUCGCAGCCCCUCCCUGGCGAGCUGAGGGUCAAGAUGUCAGAGAGUCACGCCCGGCUGCUGAGGAACAUGGAGUAUGGAGUGCAUGGGGAGCCUCUUGAUGUAUGGAUACCUAUUGCUAAUUAG